GAGCGCGCGUCUCGCUGUGUUGCGGUCGGUUCCGUGCCGAGGCGGUGCGCAGGGCCCGGCCGGGCGCGCUGCCGGGGCCGCGGCCGCGCUCGGCGCUCCGGGCUCCUCCUGUGCAGAGCCUCCCGUGCCCGGCCGCCCGCCGCGGGAGCGCCUGCCUGGUAACCCUCUGGGGCAGAUUCCAGGAUUUAACCGCGACAGUGCCGGUGUUAACGUUGUUGUGAACCGCCCGGAUAACGCGGGCCAUGGGGCGUGUUGCCGGGGAGGCUGUGGGUGUCCAGGCCAGGCUGGGUAGGGCCUGCUGGGAGGUGUCCUGCCCCUUUGGGACUGUGCCUUUGUUAACCCUUAACAUCGUGAUUCUAUGAUGAAAAUAAGGGUUUGUCAUACUUUUGGGUAGCAAUUCCAUCAUGAACGCAGUACUAGAGAUGCAGUACCUGACUGUUGAAUGUGACCAUGUCUUGGCCAUGCAGCUCUUCUGGUGGGAGGUGGUAACAUCUAUUUUUGGCCCAGCUUAGGCUGAAUUGGUAAUCAGGAUAAGAAUGAUGAAAUUCAUAAGUUAGACUUUCUUAAAAUAUCUAUUAAAACUUAGUACAACCUCUUUUGUUAAUUCUCGUAUACAUUUUCUAGCUACUUUUUAUACACAACCAGCACUUGUUCUCUUUAUACAGCCCUUGCUGGGUGAAUUUUACCAGCUUGGUAAAACUGGUGUUUGUGCUUUGGGCUUCUGAAUAGUGCUAAAGGUCUGCAGCUCCCAAGGCUUUUCAAGUUUAUGAUUGCUUAAUUACUUUUUGGAGAAUGUGAAUGAGUUCCGGCACCUUGCAGAAUUGAAUCCACACACCUCUUCCAAUAAAGGACUUUUGAGUUUUUGGUGAAUCUGCUCAUUCAAUUAAUGAGAUAAUCUUGAACUUUUUUUGUGUUGUAAGAAUAGCGUGGCCAAAGUGCUCUUAAUUUGGUGGCUGACAGCAGCAUGAGAAUUAAUAAUGCAGAAACUGUUCUCUCUAUUUUUCUUCAAACCCUGAGGUAGUACUCCUGUUCUGGAGGUAACCUGAAAUCCAUCUGCCAAAGAUGUAGAAGGGCAGCCCAUCUCUAUACAACAUCCUUUAAGAUUGCAAAAUAUAUUUGCAGUCUUACUGCAAAUUUCAUGUUUAUGCAGUCUUGGGCUAAAUAUGGAUCCACAAAUGCUGAUGCUGCAGAUAAUUUGGUACCAGUAAUGUUUCAGUCACAUGUGCUCUGCACAUGUCAUGCCCUUUCUGGUUUUUGCCUGGUGUUUGUAAAUACCUCAAGGGCUGUUCAGUGCGCUGUGGGUAAGGGUCACAGUGAUCUGUUACAAUAAAGCAAUUUUAUCUGAAGAAACUUGGACAUCAGUCAAGAGAGCAGUGCAGCAAAGGACUGUCACAGAGCUUGUUUGUGGCUGUGUCUGUGGCUGCUUGUGCAGUGCUGCUCACCUGGGGAGUCUCAGCUAUUUCCAACUGUUCUUCAAGAUCCACAUGAAUUUACUUGGCAAGUAAAUGAUGGCAGCAAGAAAACAUUAACUUUACAUACUCAUCCAAGUGCUUAUUUAAGUUGAUUUUGCAAUGUGCCUUUGGUGCUAGCUGCUGUUCAGCCAAAGACUUUGAGCCCAGGGCUCUGGGAGGGUGCUCCCAGCUCACACAAAUGGCUCAAGAAGAGAUGGAAGUUGAUCUCCAACCAGUGGCUGGUUACUCGGUGGAGACCCUCCAGACAUUUUCCCCGGAGCCCUCUGGUCCCACGGCGCUCUCCUCCCACAUUCCUGUGCCGGGGGAAGGAGGAGGCAGCGCUGCAGCCCUUCCUGCUGACCAUGGCACACCCGGAGCAGCUGCAGGGGGAGCAGCUGCAGAGCCUGACCUGCAGACGAGUCCUGCCAGGGCCCGCAGGGGGCUGCAGGGGCUGCGAGGGGCGCUGGAGCAGCAGCAGCAGCAGGCACUGCCCCUGCCGCAGCCCAGGAGAGCUCGCAGGCAGCACAGACUCGGUGGCUCCCAGAGGACACCCAGUGCCAGGGCAGCAUUGGACCAUUACUUCCAGCUCAGUAGGACACAAGAGCCAUCUGCAGGACCAGUUCCACACCCGGAGUUCCCCCGUGUUGGGAGGGACAGCCAGGCACAGCCCCCAGCCGAGACAAUAGAACUGAGUGACUCUGACAGCAGCACUGAGGAGGAGGAGGAGGAGGAGGAAGCAGUGGAGGCAGCAGCACCACCACUGUUACCAUCAGCCCAGGAGACUCCUCCAGCAGCGAGCUCAGAAGUUUCCAGUCAGGUCCAAGCAGAGCCAUCUCAAACUUUGUCUCCAGCUUCUGCAGUACAUGAAAGUCAUGAGGAUGAAGUUGAAGUCCAGCAAAAGCAAACAACUCCACUAAAGAAACUGGAGCCAUCAGUUCCUGUUGCAGCUCUGGAUGAGGAGGAAGGAGAUACCUGUGCAAUCUGCUUUGAGCAGUGGACCAAUGCUGGGGAGCACCGUCUGUCUGCGCUGCGCUGCGGGCACCUCUUCGGCUACACCUGCAUCGAGAGGUGGCUCAGGGGACAGGCAGGGAAGUGCCCUCAGUGCAAUAAGAAGGCCAAGCGUUCCGACAUCGUGGUGCUGUACGCGCGCACGCUGCGCGCGCUGGACACCAGCGAGCAGGAGCGCAUGAGAAGCUCUCUAGAAAAGGAGCAAAUGCUGCGGAGACAGGCGGAGCUGGAAUCUGCACAGAGCCGUCUCCAGCUCCAGGUGCUGACAGAUGAGUGCAGCAAACUCCGCAAGCAAGUUCAGGAGCUGAAGGCUCUGGUGGCCCAGUACAAUGUGAGCACUUCACAGCAGCCUGGCAGCUCCCGUGCCUGCCUGCCAGGCAGCCUCCCCUCCAGCCAGAGCCAGCGCAAGUACCACUUGGAAAAGGUUUUUCUGGUGUCUCAGACUGGGAACUGCAGAGUGAUGGCAUACUGUGACUCACUGAGCUGUCUUGUGGUAUCACAGCCUUCUCCACAGUCUACUUUUAUUCCUGGUUGUGGUGUUAAGAUGAUGAGCUUGGCCAACCUGAAGAGCAGUCAGUACAUCCCCAUCCACAGCAAACAGAUUCGGGGCCUGGCUUUCGGCACUCGAGCCGAUGGUUUGAUGCUCUCUGCUGCCCUGGACAACACUCUCAAACUCACCAGCUUGGCAACAAACACUGUGGUGCAGACAUACAACGCUGGCCGUCCCGUGUGGAGCUGCUGCUGGUGUCUUGAUGAUACAAAUUAUGUCUAUGCUGGACUGGUCAAUGGCUCUAUCAUGAUAUAUGAUCUCAGAGACACAAACUCUCAUGUCCAAGAACUGGUCCCUCAGAAGUCGAGGUGCCCCAUGGUGUCACUGUCCUACCUGCCCCGGAUGGCCUCAGCCUCACUGCCUUAUGGUGGGAUAUUGGCUGGGACCCUGGAAGGAGCCUGCUUUUGGGAACAGAAAGCUGGCAACUCCUACCGGCCUCAUCACCUGGCCCUGGAACCCGGAGGCUGCAUCGAUCUCCAGACGGAGAUCAACACACGGCACUGCCUGGCCACCUACAGGCCUGGUAAAAAUAACCCAUGUAUGCGUUGUGUGAUGAUGGAACUGACUUGCAGCCCACUGACAGAGGGCUCAGAAGAUGUGGUGUGUUCUUCUAACCCGGUUCAGACUUUCAGUGCUGGUCCCACUUGCAAGUUGCUGACCAAAAAUGCCAUUUUUCAGAGCCCAGAGGAUGAUGGGAGUGUCUUUGUGUGUGCUGGUGAUGAGGCAUCCAAUUCUGCUCUGCUCUGGGAUGCUGGAAGUGGUUCCUUGCUGCAGAAGCUGCCAGCUGACCUGCCUGUGCUGGAUAUCUGCCCCUUGGAAGUGAACCAAAACCACCUCUUGGCUACUCUGACAGAGAAGAUGGUGAAUAUCUAUAAAUGGCAGUGAGCUGUCCUUACACUUGCCACAGACUGUCCAAAUAUGCUGCUGAUAACCCUACACAAGAGUUCAGUCCUGCACUUGCUGCUUACAGGAGACAGGAUCCAUUACAGCACCUUUCUGUCAUUGGGGAGGAACUGGGAUGUGCUGGUGCCCAGAGCAAUUCCUUUCUUCUUCUGUAUUCUUCUUUAGGCCUGCCCUUAUUUCUUCUUUUGUCAAUUUUUUUAGUCAAAACUCCACAAGCUGCCUCAGCACAGCAAUAGUUCCUGGAGUGUCUCCAGUGUGUUAUUGCACUUUUUUUUUCCACUGUGGAUGCAGCACAGGGACUUUCAAAUCUCUGCUACAAAUGAAUAAAAUAAGAGGAGCUUGAAGACCUGAGACUCUCACUGCACUUUCUUGUGGAAGCUUGCCGUGAUUACUGGGUGAUGAAAAGGCAUCUUGUAGCAUUGCUGAUACACAGUGUGAAAGCAAGGUCAGUGCUGUGGGGAGCACACUCCCACUGUUCUGUUGAAGGUCUAGGGUCAGCUGGGAGUUAUUCCCUAACAAGGAUGGAUCCUGUUUAGGGGCCAUGGAGAGAA